AUGGGGAAGACACUUCUCUUGCAACAAGUCUAUAAGGAUGAAAUGACAAAGGAAUUUGAUCUUAAAAUGUGGAUUUGUGUUUCCAACAACUUUGAUGUGAAUCGAGUCAUUGCAAAUAUGUUGGAAUCUCUUCAAAAAAGUCUCGAGUCUCUGGUGAACUCCAAGAAGUUCUUACUUGUGCUAGAUGAUAUUUGGGAUGAGGAUAAGGAGCAAGAUAAAAACAAAUGGGAGAAUGUUCUCGCCCCUCUGCCUUCUGGAAAAUUGGGAAGUAAGAUUUUGGUGACAACUCGGAUGGCAUAUGUUGCAUUAAUGAUUUCAAAUGUUUUGAAAAAGAAGAAUGAAAUGUUGAGAUUCGAUGGCCUGAAGGAUGAUGAGUGUUUGCUUCUCCUCCUCAGAUAUGCAUUUGCCAAUUUAGAGACUUUUAAUGCUCAUCACGUGAAAGAUAGUUAA